AUGGCUGCUGCGCUCUCGGUGUCCUCGGGUAAGCGCGAAUGUAAAUACGGGCUGUUGUGGCUCGUUAUUGCUGUGUUUAUUGCUAAAAAUACUGGAGUAUAUGGAAUAGAUUGUUACUGCGACGGCUACUGCAGCGGAGAUCAACAAAAUGGAACCUGCAGACUCAGCCCAGGAAGCUUCUGCUUCAGCUCAGUCGACGAAGUGUGGGACGCGGAGCUUAAAGAAUACGUUCCUGAGUAUUCCUUCGGAUGUCUCUCCAGAGACGAUGAGAGUGCGUUCUUGCAGUGCAAGGGAUCAUCAAUUCCCAGGUUGAAGACGAAGACAGUGAUCUGUUGCAACGACACGGACCUCUGCAACAGAGACGUCUUUCCUGAGUACAUUGCGCCCUCAACUUCCGCCCCGGAGACGAUGUCAGAAAAUUCCAGCUUGCCGCUGAUGUUUAUCGCGGCGGCAUUGUCCGUGUGCUGCGUAGCGAUCUUGAUCACGGUGGUGAUCUUGUACAGGAAGUUCGGACGCAGAGAAAGAGACCCUUGCUUGGUGUCCUCCCAGGGGACGCUCAAGGACUUGAUCGAACAGAGCUCAGGGUCUGGCUCUGGGCUGCCGUUGCUUGUCCAGCGGACCAUUGCAAAGCAGCUCGCGCUUUCGCAGUGCGUCGGUAAAGGCAGGUUCGGCGAAGUUUGGCUCGCUAGGUGGCGCGGCGAGAAAGUUGCGGUUAAGGUUUUCUUCACCCUGGAGGAGGCUUCUUGGUUUAGAGAGACUGAGAUCUACCAGACGGUCCUCAUGCGCCAUGACAAUAUUCUUGGGUUCAUCGCUGCUGAUAUUAAAGGAACUGGAACCUGGACCCAGAUGCUGCUGAUCACUGACUACCACGAACGCGGAUCUCUUCAUGAUUAUCUUCAGACUAGUGUUCUAGAUCACUCUACUUUGUUCACUAUUUGCUUGUCCAUCGCUUCUGGGAUUGCUCAUCUUCAUACGGAGAUUUUUGGCACUCGCGGAAAACCUGCGAUAGCUCAUCGGGAUGUCAAGAGCAGGAAUAUUUUGGUUAAGAGGAAUGGAGAGUGUGUUAUCGCUGACUUUGGUCUUGCUGUUAGAUUCCUUAGUGAGACGGGAGAAAUAGAUAUCGCACCGAAUACCAGAGUAGGAACCCGGCGCUAUAUGGCUCCAGAAGUAUUAGACGAGAGCCUUAACACAUCGUCCUUCGACGCAUUCAAGAUGGCGGACAUGUACUCCGUAGGACUGGUGCUUUGGGAGGUGUGCAGAAGAUGCGUUUCCGGAGGAAAAGUCACAACUGCGGAACCUUACGCGCUUCCGUACCACGACGUCGUGCCCAGUGAUCCCAACUUUGAGGAUAUGAGGCUUGCAAUUUGCGUAAAGAGGCUCAGGCCAGUUAUUCCUACGCGCUGGGAACUUGAUCCCGUAAGUAGUCUUUUUUAAUUAAUUAAUAAAUAACAAUAAUAAUAAUAAUAAUAAUAAUAACAAUAAUAAUUUUGAUUUUUAAUUAAUAUUAAAAAUGUUAAAUUAUUAAUAAUGAUAAUAAUGACAAUAACAGUUCUGUUUGCUCUAAGUAAAGUGAUGACAGAAUGUUGGCACGGUAACCCAGCAGUGCGACUGACGGCUCUCAGGGUAAAGAAAUCUUUGUCGAAGCUCCACAUCGACAACGCCAUCAAGAUAGUUUAG